AAUUCCCAGCUAAUCUUCUUAGGGCGGGAGUAUCUACGGGUUUCUGCCAAUGCAGAUAUAUUGACGGCAUUUAAUUCCACGUACACGACUGUUUUUCUCUCUUCCCUCCUUUCUCCUCCAUCCCAUCCCAUCCUUUUGGCCCGCUCCCCUUUCCUGUCCCCACGGGGGACGCUAGGCAGCAUCCAAUCGCAUCCAGGGCUCCUGGGGAUAUAGAGAAGCCAAGCCAAGCUGAAGCAUCUGGGAGGGGAUUUCAGGAAACAAACGCAGCGGCGGCAGCGUCCUCCUUCUUAUGUCUCCAAGCCAAGCUGCUUCCGGGUUCCAGUUAAUCUCCGCCUUCCCUCCUUCCCUCCGCGUCCUGGGACCAUCCCAAUCCCAGCGUGGCUAUUUCAGAGGUCAGUAUAUAAAAAAGAAAGAAAUCAGCACCGCAACGCUGCAAUCUUCACCACAGGAGCCCUGCCUGAAAUGGUGCUUUCUUCUUCCUCCUCCUUUUCUCCGUCUCCUGCCUUUUCUUUUCUGCUGCCUGAUGCUUGAAUUUUGGAUGCAAACAUCACAGGGACAGCAAGAUAAGCAUUAGCACCACACACGGAGCCGGCCGGAGACUCAGGCAGGCAAUGGGGAAAAGGAAAAAUGGCCCUGGAAUCCGGGCAUGGAAUUCCUAGAAGAUUUGUAGAAGGGCUUUGAGGAUGCCUGGGUGCCUCAGAACUGAAUCCUCACCCAUGCAUGGCUUGCAGAUUUACUUCAUUAUGUCUUCCUCCAAACUCCAAGAUGCAGAUGAGGUUUUUGAUUUUAAUGAUGUGAUUCCAGAGACCCAGAGGUUGGACAGCAGCUUGCAGAAGGCCCGAGCCCAGCUCUCCGCCAAGGGCAGGCGGCAGCGCCCCUCCCGGUCCCGUCUGAGAGACAGCGUCAGCUCUACGGAAGGGGAUGACAUCUUGGAGAAGAAGGCGAGUGACAGCUGCGGAAGCCCACUCCACCGCCUGAGAUCCCCGCUUCACGGCUCCCUCCAGGCCUCAUCCCCCCUCUCCGGUUCCUCCCCCUUCGCUCGCACUGCUGAAUUCUCCUUUGACACCUCGACGGUCCGGAGGUCAUUGGAUCCGGAAGAUCAGCAGCCAUCGUCUCCUCUCAUCCGGUAUCGGCCCCUGACCAACACCUCCUCCCAGGAGGCCUUAGGGGGUACCCCCACCAGUUCCUCGCCCAAGUCCUGCCACAGCUCUGACAGCUCACCUAUUUAUGCACGCAGGGAGAGACACAGCGAAGACGACAGCAGAGACACAAGUCCACCAGAACCUGCCAGCCCCACAAUUGGGCUUGAUAAAAAAACCCGGCGGAAGUUCCUGGAUUUAGGGGUCACCCUCAGAAGAGCGUCUUCUGGGAAAGGCAGGAAAGAGAAAGGAGGUAAUCGGCUCUCCAUGGGCAACAGGGAGCUGGUGGAAGGCUCCAGCCGUUCCUCAGUUUCACCCUUCAUGCCUUUCUCCUGGUUUACGGACAGCGGGAAAGGGUCUGCUUCCUCGGGCAGCACAGCCUCACCCACUUCCUCCCCCAAGAAUGAGACCUUCAGCCGCAAGAAAUCUGCCUCACAGGAAUCCACCCUAAGUGAUGACUCCACCCCUCCCAGCAGCAGUCCCAAGACCCUGAGCACAGCCCCUGCUGAGAGCAAGUGCUCCUACCCUUACCACACAUUGUCACAGUCAUCUGAUGAGUUCUUGGAUGAGCCUCUGAGUGCCGCUUCGACGUGGAGCAGUCAGAAGGUGGGCCAGUGGCUGGAAAGCUUGAGCCUGGAACAGUACAUGGCAGAAUUCGCUGCUCAGGACGUGGACGGCUAUCAGUUGCUGCAACUUGAUGGGACCAAGCUGAAGGCUCUUGGCGUCAGCAAUUCUCAUGAUCGGUCUCUUCUAAAGCGGAAGCUGAAGGAGCUGAAUGCAGCUGUUGAGAAGGAGAAGAAAGCUCAGGAAAAAGUGGAGAAGCAGAAAGAAAAACAGAAGAAGAAAGAGAGGGAGCAAGAGCAGAGGAAAAGCUAGGCGAGGGGGGGAAUGGGGAUGACUCUUUCCCAGUGCACGUGGCUUAUACCUUUCCCCCCCAUCACCCCUGGAGAAUCUCUAGGGGGAACUGGACCAUUUGCAACCAGGAAAUGGGGAACAAAAAGCAGGCUGGGCCCUGCUGAAGGUUACGGGUUUGGGUGGGGUAUACAGCGAGGCUGACCUUGCUAUGGGACCAGGCAUAGUAGAGAGAUGGUAUUUGCUAUGCACCACCGACGACGAUGGCCGGAUGGACCACAAACAUGGAGAUGGCAAUGCCUCUACAAACUCUGCCCCUCCUGCAGCACCUGGGCUGUCCAGCUGCACAUUUAGUGGACCAGUAAGCCCUCCUGCCUGCUGUGUUGUGGGGAGACGGGUGGUGAAGUUGUCCGCUGAACCCUGACCCUGUGAAUACCUUCUGACAACACCUUCUUACUUUCCUGUAGAUUCUACCCCGUACAUGAUGCUGUUCAUGCCGAAGGCCUAGAUGUGUUCACGCUCUGUGCCAAUAUGGUGUCCGUCACACCGCCCUGUUCCUACGAGCCACUGGGGUGCCACAGCUGCCUCACAGACACAAGCCACAGAUCACAGACACACACACACACAGACACACACACCAUCUCCCAAAAUACAGCAGGAUGGAAAGAGUGCAUGGCGGUGCCCUGUAUGCCCCCCACCUCCCUCCCAAACAGAUUCUGCAUCAGGUCGACCCCCACCCCCCUCUAUGCUUACCCAAAGGUCUGCAUUGCAGGGUGGGAGCAGGCUGCCCACAGCUCAGAGAAGCGGAAACUGUGUGUGAGUGCUGCAGACGUCUGGCGAUACACAAUGAGAAACCACAAUGGAAUAAAAGCAGUUUUAAAUUGUU